AUGAGCUGCAAAGAAGCACAUUCCCACCUGCAGGUCCUUCAGAUCUACCGCCUGCUGCAGUACAUCCAUAAAAAUGACAAAGUGCAGAUAGAGAAGAUGGUGAACAUCGGGGUGGAAAACCUCAUCAACCUCACUGAGCCAAAGGACGGCACUGGGGCGCUCCAUGUGGCAGUUUCAACCAACAACCAUGACCUCGUCGACUUCUUUCUCUCCCACGGAGCAAAUCCCAACAUCCAGGACAAGAAGGGCCAAACCCCAAUCAUGAUGGCUGCUGAGCUUGGCAACCACACCAUCGUGGCUCUGUUGGCCAAGAACCAAGCUGACAUGAGGCUUCUGGAUGCUGAAGGCAAAGGUGUGCUGUUCUACUGCAUCUACCCCACCAAGCGCCACUCCCGCUGCCUGCAGGUGGCGCUGAAGUGCCAGGCGGACGUCAACAAUGUGUCAACGAAGGCGAUUCAUGUCUUCCAGCUAGCAUGUGAAAAAAGCGAAGAGUGUGAGCCCUUGUGUCUUAUUAUGCUCGAUGGUGGAGCAGAUCCCAAUGCAACAAAUCAGAAUACUGGUGUCACAGCGUUAAUGGAAGCAGCCAAAGCAGGCUCCCUGCAGCUUGUUAGAGCCAUUCUUAAGAAAGGGGGAAACCCCAACGCCCUGGAUGGGAAGCGCCUCACAGCAGCACACUACGCCGCCAUGGGGGGCUUUUUUGAGGUGAUUCAGGUGCUGUCUGCACACUCGGCAGACCUGGGAGUGAUCAACAUCGAUUGCAGCACACCUUUACACUACGCUGCUGCCACAGGCAAUGCUAACUGCUGCAAGUUCCUUGCACAGAGAGGUUGUAACCCGAAGCUGAAGAACCAGGAAGGUUUGCUGCCACGUCAGAUUGCCAAAGACUCCGGUCACAAAGCAGCAGCCAAGGAGCUCAGGAAAGCGGAGAAGCAACAGGGGAAAGGCAACAAAUCCAGCAGUGUCAACCUCAUGUCAGCUGUCUGGGCGCUGACCCUCCACGACUGGUCUCACGAAUAUGAGACUGAAUUACGUCAAGCCUUCGGGGACGGAUCGGACACCGUUGGUAAAGACCAGUUUAUUUCUGUGUUAGAGGAGCUAAAGGCUCCAGCUGAACUUGACCAGCUUCAUGCAGUCAUCUCAGCCCACGAUAAGGGAGGAGAAGGGAAUGUCAACAUUAACGACUUCAUCAAAGGUGUCAAGUACAUCAAGAAACCAUUCCUCCUCUCGUCUUAUAUGACCAAAAAGAAAAAAGGCGAAAAGGGAGGGAAAGGAGGUAAGAAGAAGGGUAAAUUUGUCCUCCCCAUGCCCAUUUGCACCGAGCCACUAGAGCUCAUGCCCCGGCGACCGAACGGAGGUCCACCUCACUUCAUGAUUGAGACCUACUACAACCCUUCAGACAUCCGCAGAUUCGACCCCGAUCACCCACCAACACAUCCCGUACUGAACGACUCAGGAUGGUACGUGGAGAAACCAGACAAGGUCUACAUCAAUAUUAACUACUCUGUGAAGAGCGGAGAUCUGGAGUCUCUGGACCUCGCCUUUAGUCAGGGCGUUCCCGUGGAUGUCCAUGAUGAGUUUUACAAGACGCCGCUGAUGGUGGCCUGCUCCAGCGGCAACUACGAGGUGGCCCAGUACCUCCUCAGCCAUGGGGCUGACGUGAAUGUGUGUGACGCGUUCCUCUGGACGCCCCUCCAUCAUGCUGCUCAUGCUGGUGACGUGGAACUUAUUGAGCUCCUGGUGAAGGCGGGAGCCACCGUAGAUGCUCAGGCCCUCAGUGGAGGAACGCCUCUCAUGAGGGCCAUCGAAAGCUCCAACCCUUCCUGCGUGGACUUCCUCAUCAAGGCAGGAGCCAGUGUGAAUGCAGAGACCAAGAAAGGACACAACUGCCUCGAUGUGGCCAGAGCUUUUGGAGACUCCAGAGUAAUUGAAUUGGUCAAAGAUAAGAUCGAUUCUCUGCCUAAACCAAAGGACCCAGCGAAGGGGAAGGGGAGCAAAGCUCAAAAACCUAAAUCUGCUAAAGUGAAGGGUUUUGCUGCUGAAGGUGUGGUGCACGCUGAGGCAUCAACUGCAACAGCAGGGAGGACUCCUCUGCAGAAGGAGUCAAAAAGUGUCAUCCUGCAAAACACCAGGAUCACUACAGGGAAAACCAACACUGUUGACAUCACAUUUGUGCCAAAAACGGUUUGGGGGAAGCCGCCCACCACCCACCAGCUGAUGUCAAAGUUAGAGAAACGGAAGCAGCCCUUGUCCCUGGAGGUGGACCUGGAUGAUUUCUUGAUGCCUUUCAGCCGCAACAUCCAGAGGAAGAUCCUGGAGCUGACAAAACACACAGACUAG